AUGACAACAGAUGGACAAGAGCCGUUAGUGAUUGGAUUCCUCGGGAUGUCAAACGUACUGCAGGAAGACCACCGACCUGAUGGUCAGGGUUUCUUCACAAAGAGCCUUGAAGAAAGAUACGAUGCUCGACGAAUCCCUAGAGCGAGCAGAAUCCACUGGGCUACUCUUGCACGCGACAGGGAGAAAUGGAAGAACUAUUGGUGCCCGCUCGAGUCACUCGACGAUCAACGGGACGGCAGGUGA